AUGAUGAAACCUAUCUCCGAAGCUUCGUUGCCUUACACUGAAAGCGAUAAUUCGGCCCGAGAUGCGCGUCAUGGCCGUAACACCACCGCCUCGUCCCUUUCUUGUCACUCAGACCCCUUUGCCAAAUCCGGCAUCGCCAUUGAAGAUGGUGUUCAGCUACGCGACUUCUCCUCGCCUGGCCCUACGAUGACUCGUAACAAGACCCCAGACCCUAACAGAUUCGUCACAGAACGUAUAUCGCGGCUGAAUGGCAACGGCGGCACUGGAAUUUCAGUACCUAGAACAAACAACGUUUCCAAUGAAGACCAGGCAGCUUCGGAGUGGGAAACUGUUGCUGCAGAUGAUGCGUCUGAACGCUACCCCGAAACUGCACCUCGUUCGCUGAGACGUCAACGAAACUUCAAUUUUGGCCAUAAACUGCAGGACUCUUCCCAGACUAACCAGAACAUAUGGGCAGCACAAACGCAGAAUUUCGAGCUCGUCUCACAGCCUGGCUCGUCCCUCCAACAGUCCGUGCGAUCGGCGCUGAACACAUCACCCCGUUUGCGCUCGUUUCACUCCUCAUCCAGUCUCUACAGUGACUGGGGUAAAACCAACGGGCCAGGCCGCGGGAAAGAAGCAAACGCCCAGGUAAACACUCAUCUCCCUUACCCUCCCGCCGCUUUUAUUCCUACAAAUGACCGCGCACAAGAGGCACCCAAAAGAUACUCCCACGCGUCGUCCGACAGUGAUGAAGACCCUUUCAAGUAUGACGGAGAUGCGUACUCGGGUUUUCUACGCCGAUCAGCCGAGAAACAAGUCAGUGAUGCGCUGCACCGAGCCGGCAUAGCCGUUUCCUCACAAGAGACCAUCCCGCGAUCCGUUGAUGGAAACAUUCCCAUUGCAUCACAAAGAGGUAAUGUCGAUGAAGAGGUCAAAGUUCCGGUUCGUCGGGAGGAAAACAAAGCGACUCGCCGUGAUCCAGAGCCUGACAGACGCUUGGCUGGCGAGAUUGCUUCUCUUGUCAAGAGCCGACCUCUCACUGGUACAGAAGGUGAUUGGCAGACCGUCACUACCGAACACCCUUUCAACUCGAUGCAGCAGGAACUCCAUGACAGCAUCGCAAAAGGAACCGGAAGCAGUGUCGCUGAUGUCUCCGACGUGACGGAGCGUGACCCGCACGCUCACUCCUACAACUCAACAGACAGAAUCAUUCGACACCCUCAUGGCAACAACAGCUAUGCAUCUUACCGCAUCCGCCACGACAAAGGAACGAACCUCCCGAUUUCUGUUCCGCGAUACGGAGGAGGCCCAGGGAACUUUGCCUGCAAUGCAACACGCAACUUUGUACAGCCGAUGUCCAGGUUGCCUGAAUCUGCUGCGCGCUUCUCCAACUUAUUUCGCAAAGAGCCAACAGAGCCCACCCAUGACCGUGAGAGUGUUCUUCUCUCAGACCUGCCUCCCCAGAGAGGCAGCUAUCAGAGCCUCGACUCGGACGCAGUUCCUCAUGAAAGCGUUGGCAUCGAAGAGACUUCACCCGAUGGUAGAAAAUACUUCAGCUGGACUCGAAUUCGCGAGAAUCUUGGCCGAGAGCCUCCCAAGAUCCCAUUGACCAUUCUCGAUCAACCACUAUAUAGCCAUGGUAUCCAAGAGCCAGAUAGUUCGAACAAACCAGCACAUGUUCCUCACGAUGACUUCCUAUCCAAGCUCCCCCGACUUCCUUUUCCUCUCGUGAGUCUUCCUGAGGCUCAGAUGUUACAACGCUUCAAAAGACAGAGAGGUGAAGAGGAUCACACCGAGACUGCAAGCGAUUUCGCCGCCAGGGGAAGAUCGUACACUCUGAGUACUGCCAACUCACCUCGUCUACCCAAGACCCCUUCGCCUCGUUCGAGGAGCUUCUGGGCGAGUUCUCCUGAGAGUGUUGCACGACCUGCUCCAACUCACCACCGUCAGCGAUUGCGCCAGGUGUUCCGUCGCCGAGACUCAAGCGAGAGAAUCUCCGAUAUGCUUAUAUCAUCGUCUGCGAUCCUUGAUACUCCGCCACCAACGGAUCCGAAAUCGAGCACACAGCGAGUUUGGUACCGAGGACUGCAACCGAACCUCUCAACACCUCACACUGAGAUGCCAUUAAAUCAUGGUUACUCGUCGAGCAUUCAUGAUCCACGAAUUGGCAGACUCCAAUCAGGCUGGCAGACACCCAACGGCAGCCCUUUCACCCCAGCUGAAAGCCGACUCAUCGAAGAGGCUCGCGAAGACAUUCGUCGUCAUCGUGAACAUUCGGACAUGGUAGCGGAACGCGGAAAGAGAAUGUUCAUGUGGAUCAUGAUCCUCACCCUUUUCUUCCCCUUCAUCGGCCCAGUCGUACUCUACGGCAAACUCAACUCGACGAUCUCGUGGUACACCCACGGAGAAAUGCAGCGUCUGACAAAAGACCAGCGCGGAACUCUCAAGCAGCAACUAAUCGUCGAGGCAGUAGUCUAUCCCGCACUAAUCAUUUCACUCUCUGUCUACUACUCGGUCCACAACUAG